UGAGGGGCUGCAGGGCUCAGCUGCCAUGGUGCCAGCCCUGGGCUCAGCUUGCUCGGUAGCUGGAAAUCACCGCUGUAUUGAGGCAGUCGGCUCCAGCUCCCACCUGUUUGCUGGGUUCUUGCAGCCGACUGCGAGUCGGAGCAGAACCACUGCUGUGGGCGGGGCUGUCGCCAUGUCGGUGUCGCACAGCUCCAGGCUGAACAAGCUGGUGAGGGAGCAGUACAUGCGGCUGCCCCAGGGCGGGCAGGUGCAGGUCACCUACGUCUGGAUCGACGGCAGCGGCGAGGGUGUGCGCUGCAAGAGCAGGACCCUCGACAAGGAGCCCAAGAGCAUCGAAGAUGUCCCCGAAUGGAAUUUUGAUGGCUCCAGCACAGCACAGGCAGAGGGCUCCAACAGCGACAUGUUCCUGGUGCCCGUCUGCAUGUUCAGAGACCCUUUUUGCCUGGACCCCAACAAGCUGGUGCUGUGUGAGGUGCUCAAGUACAACAGGAAACCUGCAGAGACCAACCUGAGGCACACCUGCAAGAAGGUCAUGGACCUGGUGAAGGACAGCCACCCCUGGUUCGGGAUGGAGCAGGAGUACACGCUGCUGGGCAUCAACGGCCACCCCUACGGCUGGCCCGACAACGGCUUCCCCGGCCCGCAGGGCCCCUAUUACUGUGGGGUUGGAGCAGAUAAAGUGUACGGGCGGGACAUCGUGGAGUCCCACUACAAGGCUUGUCUCUACGCGGGGGUGAAGAUCUGUGGUACCAACGCGGAGGUGAUGCCCUCCCAGUGGGAAUUUCAAGUGGGUCCAUGCGAAGGCAUCGAGAUGGGCGAUCACCUCUGGAUGGCUCGCUUCAUCCUGCACCGAGUCUGCGAGGACUUCGGGGUGGUGGCCACUCUGGACCCCAAGCCGAUGACGGGCAACUGGAACGGGGCCGGCUGCCACACCAACUACAGCACCGAGGAGAUGCGGAGGGACGGGGGUCUCAAACACAUCGAAGCAGCCAUCGAGAAGCUGAGCAAGCGGCACGACUACCACAUCUGCGUGUAUGACCCACGGGGCGGCAGGGACAACUCCCGGCGGCUCACCGGCCACCACGAGACCUCCAACAUCUUUGAGUUCUCCGCUGGUGUGGCCAACCGAGGGGCCAGCAUCCGCAUCCCACGCCAGGUGGGCCAGGACGGCUUCGGCUACUUCGAGGACCGGCGGCCGGCGGCCAACUGCGACCCCUACGCGGUCACCGAGGCCAUCAUGAGGACCACGGUGCUCAACGAGACCGGCGUGGAGACCAAGGACUACGCCGACCACUGAGGCUGCAGGGAGGGUGGAGGUUUGCGUGUCGACGUGAGCCGUGCCCACGCGGUGCCGUCGGCUGUCAGCCCAGACUCUUUAGGAAGCUCGCUUCUGGUUUUGUGAAACGUCGCCUUAGAAAUUAUAUAUAUUUUAUAGUGAGAGGGAGGGAGGGGCCCAACCUAUUUUCUCAACCACUUUUUCUGGUUCCUGGUUUUAGGUCAUCCUUGGGGAGUUUUUUAAGACUUGGAUGGAUUUUUUUUUUUUUUUCCGAUGGACUUUACACUGUGAUGUACAUAGAUUCCUACGUGGAAGCUGCAGCUGCCGCUGUUUGCACCUGGGGAGGGUGGGUGCUUUUUUCCCUGUAUCUCUGUUGCAAGGAAAAGAUAAUAAAUAAUUUUCCUGGCUGUAUGGCAGCCAGGUUACGCUGCA